AUCACACGAAUGGCCUCCAUUUUGGGAGUCAAAAAUACCAGCACCAGCAGCUAGCGUGUUAGGCAAGGCGUUGCUUGCAGGAGCCCUACGCACCCCCCGGGUGGCCUGGCUAUGGUCCACACGUGUGUGGUGGCAGGCUGUAGGAACCGCAGGACGCCCGGCACUGGUCUGUCGUUCUACCGCUUUCCGCGAGACCCUGAGAGGAAGCAGCGGUGGAUUGCGGCCGUUAACCGCCAGGGCUGGGCGCCUAACGACGGCAGCCGGCUGUGCAGUACUCACUUCAUCUCUGGUAAACAAGUUAAGAACCCUCGGUCGGCGGACUAUGUUCCCUCUGUAUUUACGCCCCAUUCCCCUAAGAUGAAGGAGCCUGGUCCACCCGAGGUCCCUGACAAGCAGGAAGCCCGUGUAGAGGCGGCCAACGCCCUUCUCUUCCUGCAGCGCCAGGGCGAGUCCAGGCCAGAGGAGCCGAUUGAGCCCAACGUUGAAGGAAGUGCGUUGUCACUAACAGAUGAUGAAAAUGAAUUUCUGAGUGACAGCAAGGAUGAAACAUUUUCACAGACUUCCAAUGUCAGCUUCGAUGAUGUCCUCCAAGCACUCAGACAGGAAAAUCGAGCAUUGCGUGAGUCUGUAGAGAAAAUGUCCCUGUCGGAGAACUCCUUUAGGAAUGAUGCAGAGAAAGUCAAGUUCUACACUGGCCUGCCCAACUUCUUUGUAUUGGAGACAGUCAUGCUGCUACUUGCACCACACAUGGACGCCAUCAGGAAUGCCAAGCUGUCCAAGUUCCAGCAGCUUUUGCUCACGCUAAUGCGUCUGCGCUUGGACCUUCGCAAUCAGGAUCUGGCCUAUCGCUUCGGUGUGAAAGUGGGCACAGUGGUCCGGACCGUGCAUCACGUGGUCAACAUCAUGUCUUCCACGCUGGUGCCCACUGCCGUUUUCUGGCCCUCGCGAGCCGAGCUGCGAAAAAAUCUCCCGGCGGCCCUGCGCUCCUCCUGCCCCGACUGUGCGGUCAUUGUGGACUGCUUCAGCGUGCCUUGUGAGGGACAAGCUGUCAGUGGCAAUGAUCAAGGGACGGCGACAACUUGCAACGUCUUGAACUAUCUGAUCGGUGUUGCCCCUCAGGGUGUUGUCACCUUCGUGUCUAGGGGUGUCCUAGGAGACUUUAGCCCUCGAAAUUUGGCAGAAGGUUCAGGACUUCUGUCCAAGCUGCUUCCAGGGGAUGUAGUUUUAGCCAGCAGGGAUCUGGACAUCGCCGAUUCCGUGGCCGCCCAUGGGGCUCGCUUCGGCAUCGCCAGUUGUUUUCAAGACACCGCAAGUUGCAGGGCAGAGGGCCCACUACCCGACACGCUGAGUGUGAGGGCACACGUAGAAAAGGUAGUCUCCAUGGUGAGGCAGAGGUACGCUAUGCUCACCGGCCCUGUGGAGAGGCCGUUUACCACCGCCACAGAGCGUACCUCCAAUCUAUCCACUUUUGACAAAAUCGUGCAAGUAGCUUGUGCCUUAAACAAUUUGUGUAUCUCUGCUGCACCUCUGGAGUGACUUCACACCAAACAAGGACAUUGCCAUCGUAGUCCAUUGUAAACUGUAUACGUAGUCAAGGAAAAGUUUAUUUUCAUUUAACUGUAUGAAUGGUGGUGUCACCAUCUCUGAAGCGUUUCUGGGAAGGGUCAAACCUUGGAACUCGGUAAAAUGUUCGGAGUUUCUGUGCAAACUUUCUCGGAAUAUGGACAUAAUACAUUACUUGUUCCAAAGAGCCGUUUUUUUCAUGCUCCGGUUGCUAUCAAGAAAAUCGGGGUUGUAUCACCCCAGACAUAGUUCGUUGUAAUUGAACUCUAGUAACUGUUGGCUAUGUAUAAAGAACAGCAGCAGGGUUGAGGGAAGCCUCUAACAUCGCUUAGCUUUGUUGCCAGUGUAGUUCGGGGAGUUUGUUUAGCUAUCACAACAUGUAAACAUUUUCUCAAGGUAUUAACUUGAUUGCAGCUGGACUGUUCUGGUUGUUUUAGAAAGUUUGCUAGUGGAUCGUCCUACCUGAACAUUUUUACAUGAACAGAUUAAGGAUACUCAGAGGAGAGGAGCAAUGUCCUCUGAGAAACGGAACUGUCCAGUUGCAGUAGAUUCAAUAGCCUGGAUAAAAGAAAAUAUUACAAACCAGGCAGUUGCAAGGUUACAAAUUUCCAUGCAAGAUUUUCCUGGGUGAAGUGGUUUCUACAUUUUAGGAUCUGGACAUCACCAAUUCCUUACCAAUCAAUGGGGCGCUGUUUGUGAUCACCUGUCACAAGGACAGUUAUAUCCAGGAUGCACUGACUCACUUGAAUUGAGAUGUGUUGAUUCACUAUGAUGGUAUGAGUUGUGCCUUAAACAGCUUUUGUAUCGCUGCUUUGCCUUUAAAUUAUUUUGUUGCGCCUUGGUGCAAUUCCUUUGAGUGUGAACAUAAUCCAACUGGUUUCCCUGUCUUCGUCUAGUUCAGUUAUAUGGAGAAAUCGAUUCAAUCCGUUUUCAAAAAGUAAUAUAUGUUGGCUUAAAAUUGAGUCUUACCGAACAUGCCUUCUAUAUAGCGUUAGCGCAAUUUCACCAGUCGGUACAGGAAACAAGAAGGUUCUCAAAUAAGAGUGGAGGGAAAUGUCACAUACAGUGGGGCAAAUAAGUAUUAAGUCAACCACCAAUUGUGCAAGUUCUCCUACUUGAAAAGAUUAGAGAGGCCUGUAAUUGUCAACAUGGGUAGACCUCAACCACGAGAGGUUGUCAAAGAGGUGUAAGUUCUUCUAACGAGGUCUCCACUCGUUACCUGUAUUAAUGGCACCAGUUUUAACUCAUUAUCGGUAUAAAAGACACCUGUCAACAACAUCAGUCAGUCACACUCCCAACUCCACUAUGGCCAAGACCAAAGAGCUGUCGAAGGACACCAGAGACAAAAUUGUAGGCCUGCACCAGGCUGGGAAUCUGCAAUAGGUAAAACGCUUGGUGUAAAGAAAUCAACCGUGGGAGCAAUUAUUAGAAAAUGGGGGCUCGAUCUGGGGCUCCAUGCAAGAUCUAACCCCGUGUCGUCAAAAUGAUAACAAGAACGGUGAGCAAAAAUCCCAGAACCACACGGGGGGACCUAGUGAAUGACCUACAGAGAGCUGGGACCGGAGUAACAAAGGCUACAAUCUAACACAAUGCGCCGCCAGGGACUCAAAUCCUGCACUGCCAGACGUGUCCCCCUGCUGAAGAAAGUACACGUCCAGGCCCGUCUGCGGUUCGCUAGAGAGCAUUUGGAUGAUCCAGAAGACGAUUGGGAGACUGUUAUGGUCAGAUGAAACUAAAAUAGAACUUUUUGGUAGAAACACAGGUUCUCGUGUUUGGAGGAGAAAGAAUACUGAAUUGCAUCCAAAGAACACCAUAUCCACUGUGAAGCAUGGGGGUGGAAACAUCAUGCUUUGGGGCUGUUUUUCUGCAAAGGGACCAGGACGACUGAUGAGUGAAAAUCUCCAUCAGCAAGGGCAUUGAAGAUUAGACGUGGCUGGGUCUUUCAGCAUGACAAUGAUCCCAAACACACAGCCAGGGCAACAAAGGAGUGGCUUCGUAAGAAGCAUUUCAAGGUCCUGGAGUGGCCUAGCCAGUCUCCAGAUCUCAACCCCAUAGAAAAUCUGUGGAGGGAGUUGAAAGUCUGUGUUGCCCAACGACAGCCCCAAAACAGCACUGCUCUAGAGGAGAUCUGCAUGGAGGAAUAGGCCAAAAUACCAGCAACAGUGUGAAAAGCUUGUGAAGAGUUACAGAAAACGUUUGGCCUCCGUUAUUGCCAACAAAGGGUACAUAACAAAGUAUUGAGAUGAACUUUUGGUAUUGACCAAAUACUUAUUUUCCACUCUAAUUUGGAAAUAAAUUCUUUAAAAAUCAAACAAUGUGAUUUUCUGGGUUUUUUUU